GAGGUGGUUCUCGCCCGUGUUGUGUGUGUGUGUGUGUGUGUGAGUGAGAGAGCGAGUGAGUGAGUGAGUGAGAGUGUGUGUGGGGGCAUUCGGCUUGUUGUUGUCGGUGACUUCCCCCUCCCCUCCGCCCCUCCCCCUCCCCGUCGCCGCUGCAGUGGCCGCUCCCUGGGCCGUAGGAAAUGAGCGAUAACGAUGACAUCGAGGUGGAGAGCGACGAAGAGCAACCGAGGUUUCAAUCUGCGGCUGACAAACGGGCUCAUCAUAAUGCACUGGAACGAAAACGCAGGGACCACAUCAAAGACAGCUUUCACAGUUUGCGGGACUCAGUCCCGUCACUCCAAGGAGAGAAGGCAUCCCGGGCCCAAAUCCUAGACAAAGCCACAGAGUAUAUCCAGUAUAUGCGAAGGAAAAACCACACGCACCAGCAAGAUAUCGAUGACCUCAAGCGGCAGAAUGCUCUUCUGGAGCAGCAAGUCCGUGCACUGGAGAAGGCGAGGUCGAGUGCCCAACUGCAGACC